GCAUUGAGGGCCGUACGACUAAAUCUAAUUUUACUGCCUUUCCGAUUGGUAUAGUUAGUGAACCGACCUUCUUGAAGUGAUAUUUUUUGAGACUAUGGAAUACGAUUUGACAAAGUAUAUUGGUGAACACUUGGACAGACAUAUGGUUUUCCCACUUUUAGAGUUUUUACACGCUCAAGGGAUAUAUGAUGAACAAGACAUAUUACAAGAAAAGUAUCAAUUACUACAAAAGACAAAUAUGAUAGAUUUCGCAGCUGAUGUUUAUCUUCAACUGACAGGGAACGACCCUCCACGAGAGCUGAUGGAAAGACGUGACAAGGUCGUUUUUGCUCUAAAGACACUCUCGUUAGAGUGCGAUAGAAUAUUGAGAAUAAUAGAAGACGCUGAAUUAGUUAACAAACUGAAAGAAGAACGCAACUUUCAUCUAAACUUCUUACUAGAACAUUAUGGGGUUACCACGGAAGACCUCGAAGCUCUUUUUGAUUACGCUCGACUUCAAUAUGAUUGUGGCAACUAUGCAGCAACUUGCAAGUAUCUUUCCAAUUACUUGCAAUUACAGACACAUAGCGAACGUUACUUGUCGGCGCUUUGGGGAAAGUUGGCUUCAGAUAUUUUGAUGCAGGAAUGGGAUGCAGCUUUGGAAGAUAUGAUGCAGUUGAGAGAUGCUAUUGAUAAUCAAGGAAGAUUUUCUUUGAAUCCAUUGCAGCAGCUACAGCAUCGCACUUGGCUAAUUCAUUGGAGUCUAUUUGUAUUUUUUAAUCACCCUACCGGUAGAAAUGGAAUUAUCGAUCUUUUCUUCCAAGACAAGUAUCUCAACACUAUUCAAACCAAUUGUCCGCAUAUUUUACGUUAUUUAAGUAGUGCUGUUAUUACCAAUACUAAACGUCGACAUAUGUUGAAGGAGCUUGUGAAGAUUGUCCAACAGGAGAGCCAUGCGUAUCACGACCCUAUUACAGAAUUUGUGGAGUGUUUGUAUGUUAAUUAUGAUUUUGAAGGAGCACAAGAUUUAUUGCAAAAAUGUGAGACAACAUUGAAGCACGACUUUUUCUUGAUUGGAACUUUGGAUGAGUUUGUAGAGAAUGCGAGAUUAUUUGUUUUUGAGAUAUAUUGUCGAAUUCACCAAGUUAUUGAUUUAAAUAUGUUAGCUGCGAAAUUGAAUAUGGAUCGAGAGUCUGCAGAACGUUGGAUAGUGAAUCUUAUUCGUAACGCUCGUUUAGAUGCCAAGGUUGAUAGUCAAGCUAGUCGAGUUAUUAUGGGUGUGAAGACUCCAAGUGUAUAUGAGCAGAUAGUGGACUCUACGAAGGGACUUAUAAUUCGUACACAAGUCUUAGGUCAAAAUAUUCAAAUUCCAGUUGAUUUAGAGGAUCCUUCUUCAACUGUGACUCGAGGAAGAGCGGAUAGAACGGAACCUUCUUGGGAUAAACGAAUGGGUCCUAGUCGUAGAAAUUUAAUGAUAUCUUGAGUAAAGUAUGCAAGUUGUUUGUUGAUAACUUUUGUUUCUUAUUU